AGUGUGGCCCCAGAAGUGCCACCUGUCAGUGCCCAUCAGUGCCACCCAUCAGUGCCAGUCAGUGCCACCUAUCAAUGCCAAUCAGUGUCACCUAUCAGUGCUGCCAAUCAGUGCCACCUAUCAGUGCCAGUCAGUGCCGCCUAUCAGUCCCAGUCAGUGCCGCCUAUCAGCGCCAGUCAAUGCUGCCUAUCAGUGCCAUAUAUCAUUGUCAUGUAUCAGUGCUGCCUUUCAGUGCCCAUUAGUGAUGCCUGUCAAUGCCGAUCACUGCA